AUGGCAGCUAUUGGAGUUGCGCGCCCGAACCAUGGUUCUGCAGCUGCGGAACGUGGGGAAAACCGAAAAUUUGCAACGCCAAGACCGACCAGAAUCAACAACAAGAGCGACGCAACCAGCAUGGAUCAGCUAAUCAAUGGCGCGAACGCCGUGAUUCGACACAUGGAGAACACCGGGCAGGACGAGCCAAUCGUCACCCGGUUCGCCAUCACGGUCCGCCAGUUCGCUGAGCAAGCGAAGACAGGCGGCGCUCAGGGGGAGAUGGCAAAGGUCAUCUCCGCUCUUGAAGCAAUUGCCGCCGACACGCAGCGCUUGAACACCAGAAUCGAUAGCAUUGAAAAGUCAGCAACCUCGUCAGCAACUUCCGCUUCAACCCUGUCCUCGACAGACCGCUGGAAAGCGUUCCGGGCGGGCGCCUGGCAAUACACGAUCUCCGUAGAUCCCCCUAUCAACCGCAGUGAUGGCACGGCAUCACUAGGUGUGAGCGAGGUCGAACUCCGCGAGGACCGGUCUAUCGUAAUUAAGGUCGACCCCACGUGGAGGGACAAAAUCAGGCAGAUGGAGGCAAAAGCGAUCGUGGGCAAGGCAGAGAGCCUACGUGAGAAAUACGCCAGCAAAAAGACCUCCCCUGCAUUAGCUGGGAACGCGUAUUUCUGUGCUGCUCGUGUGCUGCUAUCUGGAGACGUUUCGAUGCUGGUUAACUCUGCUGCCGGGGCAGAGCUCCUCCAUCGUCACACGGAAUGGAUACCGUCCAGCUCGUUUCCAGCUUGCUGGGAGGCCUGCUGUGUCUUCCAAACUCCCCACGAGAUUGUUGCACCUGCUGCGCCCGCAACUUCAUUUUUCCGCCCCGCACACCUCCGCGGUUUCGCCGCAUCUCCCACUUCCGCUCCCACUUCCCACUUCCAGCACCCCUCGCACCACCAUGUCCUCUUCUUCUCUCACUCUGCCCUCACUUUCGCCUCACUUCCACCUCCAUGA